CCCGACCGCCAUCUCCAAACCGAGAACCCAGUAGGUCUCGGGUGGACGCUAGACACUUGUGAAUUCAAUUCCACGCUGCGCAAUGGCCUGUCCUUUCUUCACAGACGAAAGGCUAAAGGAUGGGCAGAAUGGAGGGACCCUUGACGGCGAGGGGAACGAGGACACACCAUGCAUGUCUUACAGGAAUUAUCUUCAAUUGGAUCAAUUACUGGACUGCGUCAAGCCUACGUCUGAGAUGUUCGGCAAGGAGCUUGUACAUGACGAGCACCUCUUUAUCAUAACACAUCAAGCAUACGAACUGUGGUUCAAGCAAAUUAUUUUUGAGCUGGAUUCCGUUCGGAAACUUUUCAGCAGUGAGGCCAUUGACGAAAAUAGGAUGUUAAGGAUAACAUCUAGAUUGAAUAGAAUUGUUGUCAUUCUAAAGCUUUUAGUAGACCAGAUAGUCAUUUUGGAGACGAUGGCACCUCUAGAUUUCAUGGAAUUCAGGCGUUACUUAUCUUCAGCAUCUGGUUUUCAAAGCGUACAGUUUCGAGUCAUUGAAAAUAAGCUCGGAGUAAAAAACGAACACCGUGUAAAUUUCAGCAAAGAAAAAUACAUCACCGUUUUUCCCGAUAAAAAAUCCAUUGAUAUGAUUCUUCAGUCCGAAGAAGAACCUUCACUUUGUUGUCUAGUUCAGAAAUGGUUAGAACGUACUCCUGGACUUGAGAAGGACGGAUUCAACUUUUGGAAGAAAUUUGAAGAUUCUGUACAAGCACAAAUCGAAACAUUAAAAACGCAAAUUGAACUGGAAACCAAUGAAAGAAUCAAAGAGGAACUGAAGACGGAGCACUCUCAGAAAAAGGAAACCUUUGAAGGAUUAUUUGAUAUUGAAAGGCAUAAUGCAUUUGUGGCCAGAGGGGAGCGUCGAUUUUCUCAUCGUGCUUUGCAGGGGGCGCUGAUGGUCUCGUUGUAUCGAGAGGAGCCCCGUUUCAAUCAGCCUUUCCACAUCCUUACGCAGCUGACUGACAUCGAUGCCUGCAUCACAAAAUGGCGAUACAAUCACGUGCUAAUGGUUCAACGGAUGAUUGGCUCUCAUAAAUUGGGCACGGGAGGAUCUUCAGGAUAUUGGUAUCUCAGAUCCACCCUAAGUGACCGAUACAAAGUUUUCGUGGACUUGUGCAACCUGUCUCAGUUUUUAAUUCCCGCCUGCUAUAUUCCACCUCUAACUCCCCAGAUGAAGUACCGCUUGUCUAUCAAGGAAGAAUCCAAACGCUCAGAAUGAAGUCGUCUUUCACCCCUUAGAAACUACAGCGAUAAAUGUUUCGAAAUGGAAUUAGAAGAAAAAGGUUCACACUUAAACAAGAUAUAAAAUAUGAUGAUUGCAUAUACUUAUAUAUAUGUUUCUCUUUUAAGAAAUAAAGUAUUUUUUUACAAGAGUUUGUGUUUAAACCAAUAUUUGAUUUUUUGUAAUGA